AUGAUAUAUGAAUUCACAACAUCUGAAACUCCAAAAUUUUAUUAUCUCUGUCUUUUUAAAGAAGAACAUAGAGGAGAAAUUGCUGCUAUACUUAAAGAAUCUCUUUUUGUUUAUCAAGUAGUUUCUCUAGCUCUUCGGAAUUCAAAAGAUAUUUUAACUAUUUAUCGAAUUAAACCUACUCGAUUUGACAAAAUUCAGGCUAUUGAUCUUGAAGCUAAUGAAGAAAAUUA